AGGUAACUCUCCUGCUGUUGCGCUUUUACGGGAGACCUUCCUGAGACGCAGAAACAAAGGGUGAUUCUCAGCUACAGACACAGAAAGGAGAAAAUACACAUUGUUCUAGCCCAAGCUGUGUACAGUAACAUCCACAGAGACUUUUGGAAGAUGCACUCUUCCUUGGCUUGAUAUGUCCUUGUUUCUCAACUCUGUUCAUAGCAAAUGUUAGUAAUUUUAUGUCAGUAUAAUGGCUAGUACAGUGGGACCCAGUGUUCUUCUGGGGUCCUAGUAUACUACUGCAAUAGAAUUAAUAGUCAUAAAUAGCAGCAGAAGAAUAAAGUUCAGUUAUUAAUAUGACAGCUCAACAGUUGACAAAAAAAAAAUUAGUCCUUGAUAAGUUUGGAUCAGCGUUGUUUCCAAUAUGCUCGUUUUAUUGUUACUGCUACAUUCUGUUACCACAGAUUUUUGUGUGAUGGAGGCUCUGCCUCUUGGUUUAUAUUUUACACAGUGUCCAGGAUUCUUUUAUUGCUUACCCAGUAUUACAAAGAGGUUAGUGUUUCUUGGGAAAAGCUGCCAAAGAUGAAGCACCUUUCUGGAUAUUGCCCGGUUUUGCUGGGAACUGACAUUGCUUAUCUACACCUGUGAUGUUCUCCUGCCGUUCUUUAGUGUGCCUUAUUAUGUGUUGGUACAAAGUCUGCCCAGAGUGCGGGCUAGUAAAUAAGUACAGGUGCUGCCACAGGUUUACAUGGUAUGUGAGCACAAGGAAAGUGCGGCGUGUUCGUAAAACCACAGUGUGAAAGACUGUAAAUAUGAUAAGAUAGAGUUACUGUUACAAAGAAAGUAAAACUGACUUUAAAGGUAAUAUUUGCUUGUGGAAAAACAGUGUUUUAAGUGUAGUUGUUUUAUGUCAAAGAGUGUAUGUUUUAUUGUUUCUGAGAACUGGGACUGCCAAGAGCUGAUGAUCAGAACAUUGAGAAAAAAACACAACUUGCUGCUGAUUAACUUCUUUUCCAGUGGUUCGCUUCUACUACUGUGGAAUUAAUACUUAAAAGCCAAAGAGGGCUUCUUUAAAGCUCUGUGGAAAUGUAUUAACUGGUUAAUCCUUGGUGAUGGGUGGUGAAGAAUAUCAUCUCCAAACUGCAAAUGAGGGUAUAGAAAGUGGCUCUGUGGUCACUGCCUGUGUGAGUCCCUGUCACGGCCAAGAGCACAGCGCAGCUGUUGGCUUGCACUUGCCCAGCUGCCUUUGUUGGGUCUGCUCUGCUUACUGAUGGUGUGCUUAGGUAGGCUCUGUAACUUGUUGGCUGCACAUUAAAUGCCAAGUUCAGACUCAUUCUUCAGCUGAUUGAUGUGGUGUGGUAAUGCUUGUCAGUGCUCUCUGUCCGUUGUCUUGCUUGCUUGUUUUUUAUUUGUGUGUCAGGCUGAGGUUGGUGAGAAUUGACAUUUCAGGAGAGAUUCCAAAGCGUAACAGGAAAUGCAAGCUGUGGACCCUCAGGGACAGAACAUGGAGAGCCAGCUUCGCUUGUCCCUUGAAUGAUCACACAGCAGCCCUUGUGUUUGAAAUGUAUUUUAUUUUGGCAGUGUCACUGUUAGACUGCCUGGCUGGGCUUGGUUAGGGAAAUGCUGGAGACAGCGCUGGUGAGAAGCCAGUAUAUUGCCUCUGAGCACAGCAUUGCUGUUAGCUCCUCUGGCCUUGUGUGCUCUGUGUGCACUCUGCCCUAGAGGUCCACCUUGUUUGUAACCUUCCAGAACACUGUGUUGCUUACGUUUACUUACCUAGGAAGAGGGGACUGCUCAGACUCCUGGUGCCACUUGGAAUGUUCCUCUUAGAGGUUGAGAAGGAAACAGGCUUGCAGCCUCUUAACAAUUUUUAGUUAUAAUUGUUACAGUUUUUGCUGUUUGCAGUGUGUUGUGCUUUUUGUUGCCAAUAGAUUUGUCAGGACCAUAGGGAUGUACUCAGUGAUGGUGUUGUAUUGGCGCUCCUGACUUGCAGGGAUGAAGGAUGUGUUGAGUAAGACCCCUCCCUGUUGGGGAGCAGAUGAGAGCAAGACCCUCUGUGGUGGCAGCAGGGCUCCAGCCGAGCUGCUGCCUCUUCCUGCUGUCCCCGCUGCCCUGUGAGCAGCAGGGAGAGAGCUCACAGGAGGUGAUGCAGAGAGACUGAGGAGCAGUCUGACUUCAGGGAGAGAGACCAUGACCCAUGGAGUGCACGACAGCUUCUUCCUGUCCUGGUAUUCCUGAGCGCAGUGACGCUGGGGCUGAGGAGCAGUGCCAGGAAGGAGAUGCCUCGUGCCCGAGGGCAGCUGGGUGCAUCCAGCAGGGCGCUCCUGCAGAGCCACCACCCCCACACUCCCCAUAAACUCCAAAAAAGGGCUACUGCUGCUGUGUCACACCUGACAUUAACCAGUCACAUUUCCUUGACAGGUUGAGUUUGCAUGCUACAGUAAGAUGUGCUGUAUGAACAGUAUUAACAGGUGCCAUAUGUUCUGGUGUUUAUUUCCUUCUGUAUCUACAGGUAUUAUGUAGGAAAAGUAUAUUUUUUUAUGGACACAUUUUCAUGGUCAGGUAAUUUCAUCUUUCAUUAUUCAUAAGAAGUCAUUAUUCACAAUGCUGUCAGGUUUUUAAAGGGUGCAAAAGUAAACACGUUCUAAAUUGCUCAUUGCCACCAAAUUUCAUACUUUUUAGUUAAAAUAAAGAACAAGUUGCCUAAAAGAGUCAGUUAAAAAAAAGUGACCUGUAUGUGCAGGAAAAAAAAAAUAGCAGCAUGGUUCAGAUUGAUAUUUUCUAUAUAUUGUUACAGGUUUUUUUUUUCUGUGUUCAAGAACAUCUCAUGUAACAGGGCUGUGUUUGACUUGCUAAGAAAUUGCUGAAGUUGGGCUCAGCAACCUUUUGUUUUAAAUAAAAGGGAGAAUAUCCAGAUAAAGUUGGCUGGACCCUGCUUGUGCCCAAGGCUUUGUUCUGAAGGUAGAAAUGCAUUUUCCUCCAUGGACUUCAUUGUGUGACAGAGAUGUUGUCUAUCUGAAUAAAUGUGUGAUUUGGACAUAAUAGCUUUUUCUGUCUUUGAAGUGGAAGCGUUUUUAUUCAGAGUCAUGGUAACUGAAUGGUAACUGCCAUGUGGGAAAACAUGAGGUAACUCUCGUUGGGAUUUCUUGUUUGUGGGUUGGUUUGGGUUGGUUUUUUUGUUUGAUUGUUUAUUUUUGUUCAAUUUGUUGAAGGUGCUAGUGCCCUUCUGGGACCUUAUGUUCACAGUCAACAAGGAAAGACACAAACCACUUCCAGGAGCCUCUGAGUUGCUUCCCACGAAAGGUUUUCCUGGGUAGUGGUGUAAAAGCCUUUUGGCUUUCUAGAUGGUGUUUCUCAGGGUUUUCCUUUAGAGCUGCCCUUGCAAUCCAGGGCUCUUCCCAAUGGGCUUACAAAGACUUGAGUUUGAUUGCAUCAGGAAAGUGAAUUGUAAGCAGUGUUUUCAUUACACCACCGAGGACCUGUUCUUGCCAAAGAUCUGUGGUUUGGGUGUUUGCUUACCCCAAAAAUGUGACACUGAAUUGCUUAACAAGGUUUGUGACUCGUUACACCCAGCUUGAGUAGCAGCAUAGAGAGGAUGCAUCAUCAUCACUGAUCGUGUCUGGUAUUGCUCCUUUGUGCUGGCUGGUUGGGAGCAGAGGGUGGAGUUUCAGCCCUUCAGUCUCCCUGAACUGAGGCUUGCCUCCUGCUUUCAAAUUUGCCUUCUUUCCAUCAAGUGUGUGAUGGAAGCUGGAGAAUAUCCUCUUUAAAAAAUAGGAACUAAAGACCCACUGAAGAAUUGGCAACUUUUUUUUUUUUUUUUCUUCUGAUUUUGCUGGUAUUAAAAAUAUUUUAUAUCCUGUUUUCACUGUCUUUACAUCAAUGGUUGAAAGCAGUAUUUGGUCUGUGACUUUGCUGGAGGUAAGUUUCUUUGUGUUUGUUCGUACCAGCAAUGUUUGUCCCUCUUGGAAAUGCAGUAUCCUCCUUUUAAAAGAGUUCACGGGAUGCUUUUUGUAACAGGAAGGAGGAAUUUAGGAAAGAGGGAAUAUCAUGUUUUAAUGAUCGUAGGAACUGGGUGGUGCUGAUGAGAAGGAAGUUGUCGGCACAGUCAGUGAAUUAUUAGCAGUGUGCAAAAAAAAGGCAGGAAGCUGGCUGCUUAUACCAAAGACAUCUAGCAGGUCUGACGAGUGCUCGUGCCAGGUUACAAAAUACUGCCUGUGAGUCCUGCUGGAACAAACCAGCUCCAUCUAUUGAACUCUGUUCCAUCGCAACCGGUAUUUUAUAAAACCUGUAUGCAUUUCAGAGCCAUCGGAAGUAGUCUGCUGGAUACAAAAAGCACCAUUCGAUAUUUUUAUCUUUGUUGUAUAACGUUAGGUUUUAUUUAGACUUAAGCAGAUGAGAGUUUCCUCCUGAGGAAGGAGGCAGUUUUUCACUGCUAGAUCAGGGGGGAGGAGCUGGAAAGGACAAACCAUCUAAUCGUGCACACUGCCCUGUAUGGAGGAAGAGUAAAGGUGGCCCAAUGAGAGACUCAGCUCUUAGACUGGAUGCCCAAGAGGGAAAACCGCAGGCUCCAAGAAGCUAGCAUGAGGCUGGAGCAGGAGAACGAUGACCUUGCCCAUGAGCUUGUAACGAGCAAAAUUGCCUUACGGAAUGACCUGGACCAGGCUGAAGACAAAGCAGAUGUUCUGAACAAAGAACUUCUCCUGACCAAACAGAAACUCGUGGAGACUGAGGAAGAGAAACGGAAGCAGGAAGAGGAAACUGCUCAGCUGAAGGAAGUCUUCAGGAAGCAACUGGAGAAGGCAGAAUCUGAGAUUAAGAAAACCACAGCUAUUAUUGCGGACUACAAACAGAUUUGUUCCCAGCUGAGCACCAGGCUGGAAAAACAACAGACAGCCAGUAAGGAUGAACUGGAAGUUGUAAAGGGUAAAGUGAUGGCCUGCAAACACUGCAGUGAGAUUUUCAGUAAGGAGGGGACACUGAAGCUGCCUGCUCUAAGCCUGGAUAAUAAAGGCUUAGAAAUAGAUGAUGAGAAGGAUGCACUGAAGAAGCAGCUGAGAGAGAUGGAGCUGGAACUUGCACAGACCAAACUGCAGCUUGUGGAAGCCAAGUGCAAAAUUCAGGAGCUGGAGCACCAGAGGGGAGCCCUUAUGAAUGAAAUCCAAGCUGCCAAAAACUCUUGGUUUAGCAAAACCCUGAACUCUAUCAAAACUGCCACAGGCACACAGCCACCGCAGCAGCCCCAGCCGUCCCUGCCACCCAGAGAGGGCAGCACAUAGUUCCAGCCAGACCUAACACAAGAGCACAAAGAACAACACAACUGAAACCCUGGGGGAGUCUUCCAGUGGUCUCUCUUCUCUGGUAAAGGACAAAAGGCAGGCGUGCAGGCUUGAAGUGAAAUUCUUCAGUGUUUUUCAUUCAUUCUGAUGUGACCCUUUUCAAAGAGGGUAAAAAUAUAUUGUUUUACGUUGAAUUCCUACUUCCCAAACUGCCUUGCUGAAAGCCACGUUCUGAUACCUUCAUACUUUUACACUUUAUUUUAUAUGACUAGAUGAAUAAAUAAUUCAAAACUAGCUCUUUAAUACAUGACUAAUGAUUCAGAAUUAUUUUUAUCUUGCAUAGAAGGUUUUUUCUUCUGGAAGAGGAGGAGAGAGAAUGUCAAAUGUAAAGUGCUGCAGCAUCAUCUCUUCCCAGAAAGCACAGUGUAACAAGUACCAGUGUGUGUGCGAGUCUAGGAUAACUUAUGCCCUGGGACCAUCUCAGAAGUUUAUCGCAGUGACUGCGUCCUGCAGAGAAGCACUUUUUGUAAAGCUUAGGCAGAGAUGCCUUGUGCUCUCUUGGCACAAUUGUUCGUGAGCUUCCCCGAGAAUUUCAUCCUUGUUUGGGUUGUUUUUUUCUUCAGAAAUGCAAGUUGUGCAGUUGUUCGUAGCACUGAGUAGCACUGUUGUUUAAAGGUGAUUUACAGCUGAACUGGAGCUUAACAAAGUUACCUAGUUCCCCUUUUUUAUUUCAUGUUUAUAGUAAGAACUCCAAGAAGUCAUUCCUUCCACUGGGAGAAAGGGAAAACUGUUGGAAAUGUAUUUGUUGAGCAGAGAAGCAGAGGAAAGACUUAGUUCUGUCCUUUUGUAAAUCCUGUGCAAUGAAGCAGAGCUUUUAUGAAUACAAUUAACAGAAACCUUUCCCUGGGUCUGUUUUGCAAGUUCUGAAUUUGACACAGAAAUGAGGUACCAAAUACAAACCCAAAAGACUUUUUGCUGCACUGACGAAUAAAACAUCACAGAAGCAGAAUUUUUUUUUUUUUUUUUGCUAUAAAUCUUUGGCCAGGAAAUGCUAUUGAUAGUACUUAUUUUAUAAAGACAGACAUUUUCAAGUGAAAUACAGAACUUAGACUUCUCCCAUGGGAUAGACUUCUCUGAUGAUUCCCAAACCUGUCUGGUUGUUUUAUAUGUUGUCUAAGGUAAGAAAACUCGAAAGUGUUUGUUUUGACUGAACAUAAAGUGUUUAUAGAAAGACUUAUUUCAUGGAAAAUUAAACUAUUGCUUGAACUGAUGGAAUAUUUUUUUAAUCAUACCUCUCACGUCUAUAAAAUGGUCUUGCAGGUAAAUAUUGCUGCUGAACAAAAGGUUGUGUAGUAAUUGUUCCAUUAACAACACUGUUGCAGGUAUAGCAGUUUUGUUUUGACUUGGUUGUUGUUUUUAUUAAUUUGAAGGAAUGCCAUAUCUUGUCAGUUUUGUAUAAUAAAAUUUAAUGAUACUCAUCCUGUGCUUUGUUGUCAAGCAAAAUUGUGAAUUACUUCAAACAGAGUAGUACAAAUUUAAUGUUUAUCUGUGCCAAAGGAAUGAUUCAGAAGGAUAGUCACCUGUUUGAAGCAGAGAUCAGAUUAUAAUCAUAGUCCUGACACAGAGAUCCUGCGAAUGAAUUCUCUCUUCUAAGAGUUAGGAGUUAAAGAAUGUUAGCAUUUUUAAAAGUACCUGCAAGUGAUCAUCUGGAAACCUUAAGACUGGGGGGCGGAAGGGAGAAUAAAGAGGGAGAAAGCAGAAGGGAUCUCUUUUGCAAAUAGGAGAAAAAUACACUUUCAUGCUAAUAUUUACAUAGAUGUUUCCAUUGUGUGGACUGUCUUAACCUAGCAUUAUUCAUUCACUUAUCAGUACCAUUCCACACUUGGUAUCAACGGCGUAAAAAAUUGGAAGUGACACUUGAGAACACCUGGCGAGCGUUCACUGAUCACGUUUGAGAGUACUGUGCUGAUGAGUGACACUGAUGGUUUGACAAGUGUCCACAUUUCUUAAGUAGAUCUUACAUUUACCUUCAGUCUGAUUUAAAGCCUUGAUUGGAAAAAUGCCAUCAGAAUCAAGAAAAAACGGUUAAGACUGUAAUUCCCUGAGCAGCCGUGCUCACGUAACAGCUGACUGCUGCUCGGAGACCUUGCCCCCCAACUCCCUGUUGUACAGUCGUGUCCCUGUCCUUGGUAUGGCACUUACUGCAGAUGAAUCUUAAAAUAUUGUGUGUGUGGAUAUUUUUCUGCCCUUUAGUCCUUUGACAAGUCAGUACAUGAAGUCAUGUCAGCGGGUCCAUUGAGAGUGAGUGGAUGAGGGGGAAAUGGGAGUGGUGCUCUCACAGUUUAUCAAAAGGGAAUUAAGUAAGCUUCUGUGUUUCAUGAAACUAGGUUUGACAGAACAUCAUCUUUCUCAGCUCUCUGUCUUUAGAAGUUGAGUUCCUGUGACAAAAUCACGUUUGCUACCUGCUAGCCAGGAUGAUUUCAUAGCUCUGUCAGAUAGAAACUGGCUUACCUUGUACCUCUCAAAAGAAGUUUCAGAAGGCAAUGAACGGCUGAACUAUCCACUUUUGGUAAUGAUACAAAGGCAGUAAAUGACUUUCAUCUUCCAUCUGUACAUCCCACUUAGUGUUUGUAGCAGUGGCAUUUGGAAGAGUGAUGUUUAUACGUGGAGACUGUUUUCUCACAAUUACUGAAAGAAUAAGCAAAAACAGCUCUGUGGCAUCUUGAGGAAUAAGCAUCAUUAUACUCAGAAACAAAGAAAGUAGCAAAACUGCGGGAUUAAAUCAGGAAAGCUAAAACUCGGCCUGCUGACUGUACGUGUUACUGAGAUACUUGUGAGGAAAAAGAAAGUCUGGCUUUUAAUUAGUCCUUUCAGCAGUCGAUUACAGACACGCUCAUAUUCCAGGGCAACUGGUCUGUCAGGGGUAGCUGGCUCAGCCUUGAGAUUUGCAGCAGGAAAUACCAAGCUUACUUUUGUGUGGCACUGGAAAGUAGCUCAUAAGACUGGAGUGAUUAGUUGUUUUUUUCCUGAUUCAGUAUCAAACUAUGUGUCCAUUUAAAAAAUCCAAAUUACUUUCAAUACAGCUUUAUGGAACUAAAUCUAGUUUUAAUUUUACUGAGACUGCACUACUCUGGAAUGAAGCCUUUACUUUCAUUAGGGAUAAGCUUCCAAAGAAUGUUUUUAGUUUAACCGUUUCAUCUUGUUGGAUUCAAAUUGCUCCUGAGAUGUCCAGUAUGGAAAAACAAACAAAGCUGCUUAUCUUUUUUCCACUUUAAAAAGAAGUGUUUACUUUGACUGUAACACUUUACAGGGUCAAUGAAGCACGGUACUUACAUGGUACAUCUGUGAACUAGUCUCAUCUUUGUGGCUCAGUACUGAAAAGCAAUAGCACGUACUUUAACAAAUCCUAAAUCUACCUAGAGAGACUUAAAAACAAAGAUACGGUGGGUGGCUUUAAUCCAAGGAACUGCAAAAUCCCUGGAGCCCAUAGGCUUUAAUGUUCAGUGAAAUCACUACGGGAAAGCUGGUCAGCCAUGUGAUCAGUAUUGACAGCUGACAAACACGUUCUUGCCUCGCCCAUUAAUUACUACAUUCUAUAGGUUGCCACAGCCAAGUUACAAGUCAGAUAAACGAUUUUUUUUCUUGUUAGGCACCCUAAAGAACUUGUUUGUUGAGGUUUGUUUUUUUUUUUCCUCCCUAAAAUAGACACUUAAAUCUGUGCCAUUGUGUGAAAAACAACACAGAAUAAAGACAGCCAUUUACAACAGGAGAGGGAGCUCCAACAUCAAGAGCAGCAAUAAUUCAGCCCUUUGACAAAGCAUGAAGUAUCCCAUUGACUUCAGAGUCACAGUAUCGCUCACCGAUUGAACAGGGCACUUGGAGUUAAAUGAAAAUCUUAAUUACUGGCAUUAAAACUUAAAAGCUGCAUGAAAAAUUGAGGCUUUCUUCACGAGAAACAGGACUGUUCCCAUCUUUGUUUUAAGUAGUUGGCAGUGAAAUCCACGGAACUGCUUGUAUGCGUGGGAGAAUUAUACCUCUUAUGUUGAUUUACUGUUAGACUCAGGGAUAAUUGGCAUACUUCUACAUGAUCUAGUAAGCCUAAAUACCUUUGGCAUUGAAACCAGAAACUCUCUUGUCUUACAAUGCUGGGUUUUUUUUCCAGCUGCUACAGAGAAAACCUUACUGUAUGUCAUUCUGGUUGACCAGCAUGCCUCUGUUACAGCUAAACCCUGCAGAAAGGGCUGUUGCUCAAACACUGGCUGCACGAGAUAUGCAGUGCCAAGUGUACCCAGCACCGUGGGUACACACAGCACCAGGCAUCACGUUGUUCUUUCAAAUGCAAAGGAUUGAACUAAGGUUCUAUUUAUUUCCAUCUGUUACCCUACCAUCCUACUGGGAGCUGUCCCUUACCUCCUUCCAAGUAACAGCACUAAGGGGAGACACAGUGAAGCACUGAUUUUUGGACAUUUCAGAAUGGAUUAUGUAGUAGACAUCACUGCAGCCUUUAAAACUGGGCUUAUACAUAGGUGGAUUUAGGGAAAUACAAAGAAUUUGGAACUGGAUGACUAAUUAUCAGCAUUGAUCAAGAUCCUAUCUUUCUCAACUCAGAAGUCUACACAAGUUGUUUCAGGAUCAUGACUUAAGACGUACAGGUUAAUCCUCCAGGAAUACAGGGCUCUCCACUUCUCCUGGAUUCCAACUGCUUUGCUACUGAAUGUAUUUCAUGCUAUUUUUACCUGGAAAAAAAAAAGAAAAAAAAGAAAAAAAAGAAAAAAAAAAAAAGAUAUGGGUAGAGAAUUAGAAUGUUACUUCCUCUUAUUUUCUUAUUCAGUGGGACUUGCUUUUAUUUAACCUGUAAAGGAAUAUAUAUGUAUCUUGGGAAAACUAUAUCUUAUAUAUAGAAUAAUAUAUAGGAAACUGAAUCCCAAGGAGAUAAAUACAGCAAAAGGAUCGAGUAUCAUAGAUUUCAUUUGUGAUUUGAUACCACCAGAAUCCUGGGCUGUACUGAUUUCCUUCCAGUUUCUCUUAUUUUUGUAUUUUAUAUAAUACAUGGAUGCUACUGUCAAUGCAAACAAAAGCGUAUGUUCUCAGCUUUUUCUCCAGGUCCCAAGUCCCCCCUUCCAGUAAUUCCCGGGGACACGCUGGUACCAAUACCACCUUCUAAAGCUGUACCAUGAGCUCUCCUGAGCUUUGGGAACUGAUGCUUUUCUGUGUAAGAGGAUUCUCUGGUAUGUUCACACAGGGAAAAGGUUAGCAAUGCAGAAAAGGAUCGAAUCAAGCAUAAUUCUGAUCCAGAUCACUCUCUGUCUGCAAUCACAUCAGCGCAUUGAAUGUAGAGAGCACCCUCAAAGUGCUGAUUACCGAUGAGAUUUUCCAAGUUUUUAGCUGCAUUUGAUAUCUGAGUGCGUCCCUUGUUCAUAAAAUAUAGUCACUAGAAAGAGUUACUAGGAAGAAAGAGCAUCACAGCGCUGUGAGACUUUUGAGAACAGUUCCAUACUGCCCUUCUUGUGUAACAAAUCCAUGUAUUAUAUAAAGUAUGAUACAGAAAUAUAAGUGUAACGCUUGUUAUUCAAAGUGCAAUUUAAUGUACAUGGUCACAACAAAUGUUUACUUUUCUAAUUGUUACAGAAUUGUUUGGAUCAGUACCUUGUUAUCAUUGUGUGAACGAUGCCUUGUAAAAUAAAUGGAAAUGCAAACAAAA